AUGAAUUAGCAAGUAUCACAUCAAACUAAGACAUCUUAAACUUAAUAAUUUAUAGCUUCCUAACUUUCCAAGUUGCCUGAUAAAACAAAGCUUUAGCAACUCAUUCCUGUCUAAUUACAUGUUAAUUGUUUCGAGAGAAAACAUAAUGAAGGUAUUGAUAACAGAUAAUCACCACCAUAAUAAUAAAAUUAUUGCACCAAACCAUCAUAAAAACCUUAAUAGUCUAAUCAUAAAUCUAAUAUGUCACUUUAAAAUAAAAGCAAUUCACAUAUUGAGUCUAUUUAAGAAAAAUUAUAAGCUAUAAAUCAUCCAAAUAAAAAAAGAGAUUACUCUCCAAACUCUGAUGCUAUAAGAUAAUUACUUAAAAAUACUAAAUAAGAUUCAGAUAUGAAUCAUUUAUUAUCUAAAAGACAAUAAUCUUAAGAUUAACAAAUUAUUUUAACUCCAAUUACUACUAAGCAUUCUUUAAAAUCUCACUCUCCAUUAGAUAUUAAAGAGAGUGUAGCUUAAUUACUUUCAAAUCAUUUUAGUAAACUAUAUGUAUAAUCAUUAGAAACAGAUGUAUCGUCCCCUAAAGGAAAUGGAAGCAAUUAAAAGUAAAAAAAUAGCCAUUUCGGUCCUUAUUUAUCGAUCCAAUAGUAGAUUCAAUAGUAAAAGCUUAAAGGACAUAGUUCUACAAAUUCACUAUCAUAUGGAUCUAGAAAUCAUCAUCAAUAAUCUCUACAAGAUUCAAAGAGAUCUGAGACUGCAGCAAUAACACCUACUCCGAAAAGAUUUACAACAACUUCAUAAAAUACAGAGCAUAGUAAAAGUAAAUCUGUUGUUGAAGAAUAAUUGUAAUGUAUGAAAAUAAUGUAAUUUGAUAAAGAAAAUCAAUCCCAUAUCCUUAAUUUAGGAUCGCCAAGUGCUUUUAGUAAUUCUGAGCAAGCAUCAAGUGUACUAUCUAUUAUUAAAUGAUAGAUUGGAGAUAGUAUUGGAAUGCAUUUACAAUUUGGAGUUAAAACUCUAUCUCCAUUUACAAAGCCUGCUUAAUAAACUUAGAGAUUUUGUAUAUAUCAUAAAGAGAAGAAGGCUAAAUAUGUGACAGAAGAGGGCAAUGAUUAUCUAUUCUUUUGUUCUAAAUGUGCUGUAAAAUUAGCAGGUAAAGGAAUGUUCUUUACUGAAAUUGCAUAACUAAAACAAUCUACAAUUGAUUCUUAAACAUUUUCAUUUUAAUAAAGUUCAUUAGAUUCAACACAAAGAUAAUCAUCUUCAGUAGAUAUUUAAUUCAAAGAAAGAGAAAUGAAGGUUUUCCUAGCAUUAUUAUAUUAAAUUUAAAACAAUAGACAAGAUUUACUAAAUUAGUUAUCAAGUUAAGGCAAUAAGCUUUAAAAUUAUUAUGACAAAUAAAUGAAGUUAUGUUCAGAAGCAAAAUAAUAAUUGACAAUAUUUUUAGAAGAGAUAUAUUAGAGAAGUAUGAAUUAAUUAUCUAAUUCAAAAUAAUAAACCUUAUCUUUCAUUACUAAACUAAUUUAAUAAUUGACUGCAAAUCAACUUGAUAAUCAAAAGAUUCAAACAGAGAUUGAAUAGAAUUGGAAAAGAGUUUUGGAGAAUAUGGAUAUGACAGUAUUUAGAGAGGUAAUGAAUCAACAUCAUUCUAAAUUUUCUAAGUUUGGUGAAUUUUAAUAAGAGAUUUAGAAUCAAUAUAUUUAACUCUAUUCUAUGGGUUCUAUGGAUAUCUAAGCCACCAUGUCUUUGAUUGCAUAGAAGUAUUGUAUUCAAGUAUACAUAGUUUUGAGGUUGUUGAAUCUGCAAUGCCUCUAAUUUCAAACAUCUAAUAAAUAAAUAUAACUUAACCCAUUAGAACUUAACCUACUCCUCCUAAAAAGAGUGAAGAAUCAAUUAGUUAAAGAAUCAAAACUGAUUUUAGUAAUUAAAAGAAAAAUUCAGAUGCUAAAUCAUAAAAUUUUUGUUAAUAUUUUAAUGAGAAAACAGAUAUCAAUUAAAAUUUAAGGGAGAAAAACUAAAAAAUGAUUCCUUAAUUUUAAUCUUAAAAUAAUAAUCUUUAUGUUUCAUUUGAAAAUAAAGAAAUAUUUAUGAAUGCUUUGGAAAUGGAAAAAAAUAAGUAAGUUAUUUAAUCUGAAGAUGAUAAAGCAUCCAAAUAAUAAGCUAUUAUGAUUUUAUAAUCAUAUAAAGGAUCUCAUGCAGAUAUUAUGGAAGAAUCACUCAAUAUGUCUCAUGAUUCUUAAAAAUCUGCUGCUCAUAGUCCUGCUUCUGGAUAAACAAAAGAAUCUGUUUAAAGAAUCAAUCCAAAUUAAGAAUAAGAAUUUAUUGCUCUUUCUAAUAAUUAAAAUGAAACUGUUCCAAAAGAAGCAUUUCAAAAAUAAAAAAGUACUUUUAGAACACUUUUUGAAAACGAGGAUUCUUAAGAACCUAAUAUAUAAAUAAAGAAGGAAGUGACUGCAAUUUCUCCAGGUAGAAGUGAGAAGUUUAAAUCAUUCCUUAAUAGAAUUUCUAAUAGCCAAUCUAAUACUCAAUAGUAUAUUUAUUAUAUCUAUUUAUAUUAACAAAUUUUAGGUAUUAUCAAUAGAUACUGCAGGGUCAUUAAAAAGUAGCAACCGAAACACCAGAUGGAAAGAAAUAAGAUUCAUAAAGUUUAAAUAAAAUAAAUAUUUAAGUUCCUGAUACAUGUGUUAGAGAGGAUAUUAUGAAUUUAUAAAAUACAGAGGAUAUAAAAGAUUCAGUUCAUUAAAUAAAUAUGUGUGAUGAUUAAUAACAUCUUAGUGAUUAUGAUGAUGAAAAAGAAAUACAAGAUACUAAAUUAAGAUAUGUAUAUUAGGGAGAUGAAAGAAAAGAAUAAUAUUAAAAGACUUUGUUUUCAUCACCCAUGUUUAAAGAUCAUUGA